AUGCCGCGUGCGCUUGAGCUCGCUCAAGAUAUCCUCAACAACGUGAGCAUGAUGGCCAUCCAUCUGAAUCGACAGCUUAUAUGGCGGAACACUGGUAACGCAGAAGGUGCUCACCUGGUGGAUAGUCCACUGAUGUAUGACAUGUUUGGUGGGAAGGACCACCUUGAAUUCAAGGCCUCCUUCUUUGAGAAACGGAAACCAGCGUUCAUGGACGUACUGUCCGAUAAUGCUCCACGGACAUAA